CGCGCACGGGUAUGACAACAACAUGGCGCCACUGUUUCUACACGUGUCAGCGGUGGGUGGGUGUGCUCCGUGAGAUAAAGGUCAAAGAUGGAUGAGAGGGUCGUGGCAGCGGAGGGGAUUGACUGGGGAGGGAGUGGAGCUGAGGAGGAGAUGCCUGAUCAGGACAAACCUUUAUCAAAGAGCGUCCACACUGAUCUUCCUCUGCCCCUCUCAUGUCCUCUGAAAUGCACACUGAUCAAAGGAGACUAUCUCUACUUCCAUUAUGGCUGCGAUGGACAAGAUGACAGAGGCUGGGGAUGUGGCUACCGCACCGUCGAGACGAUGACCUCCUGGAUUUGCCACAACUUGUCUCCACCGAAGCACCAGAGCAGACCCCCACCCAGCCUCCCAGAGAUCCAGCAGGCCUUGGUCGCCAUGGGGGACAAGCCGGGCUCCUUCUCGGGCUCCAGGGAGUGGAUCGGAACAUUCGAGGCCUCCCUGGUUCUGGACUAUUUCUAUGACGUUCCCUGUAAGUUGGUGCACAUCAGAGGUGGAGAGGCACAGCUGGAGCAUGUUGCAGCGGAGGAGCUCCAUCAGCACUUUGAGCAGCAUGGGUCUCCAGUCAUGAUGGGCGGGGACAGGGACAAUUCCUCUAAGGGUGUAGUGGGGGUGUGCACUGGGGACAAGGGGAGUUACUUGCUAGUCGUUGACCCUCACUACUACGGACGUCAGCUGGAGAAGACAGAGCUGCAGAGACGAGGGUGGGUGGUGUGGAGAAGAGUCUCCUCUUUGGACCAGAGUUCUUUUUACAAUCUGUGCUUGCCUCAGACUGCCAAAACAACUAACGUAAACUGGAUGGCAGACCUAUGACACAAACAAAGUAGUUGUUAUUUGUGUGGAUGAACUACAACAAAUCCGGGGAUUUUAUCAUCUAGGUGCCAUAGAAAGUGUCCAGACAGUUUGUGUAUUGUCAGUAUGUAUGUUGACAAGGAGCUGCAGUGCCACCCUGUGGAUAAAGUUAGAGCAUGU